CCACAUGAGUGCUGAGAGGUGGGGUUUCUCCUCUGUUGUCUCUGCCCUGGGCAAGAGAACAACUGGUACAAGGCACUUUGAGAGUAGCUUCACCAUCUGGGAGGGAAGCAGCUCCCCGCAGGAGAAGGGCUUCUGAAGGGGCCGGCUGAGGGAUUCAGUGAAGGUUUAUUCUGUGCUGAGAUGUGCAGCUGCUGCAAGGAGAUCAGUUUUGCUGCCUGUGAAGAGAAAAAACAAGCAAGCUGCCACUAUUACAACAAACAAACAAACUCUCACAAAAACCAGCGACUGUGGAGGUGUAAAUCUCUUCAUGACCAACACUGACAUCCUGUCAUUGAACAUUUUGGAGAGGCAGCUAAGAUUUCAGCUGGGGAAACGCCGUGCCACAGCAUCAAGAGACAACACCUGCGCCCCCCUGGCCUUCCACAGUAAUUGCUUUGCACCAUGGGAAAUGGCAUGAACAAGGUUCUCCCUGGACUUUACCUUGGGAACUUCAUAGAUGCCAAAGAUUUGGAGCAACUGAGCAGGAAUAAGAUCACUCACAUUAUUUCAAUCCAUGACUCUCCCCAGCCACUACUGCAGGAAAUUACUUAUCUUCGCAUUCCUCUGCCGGAUACACCCGAGGCCAACAUCAAGAAGCACUUUAAAGAAUGUAUCAGUUUUAUCCACUACUGUCGCCUGCAUGGAGGGAACUGCCUUGUUCACUGCCUUGCGGGGAUCUCCCGGAGCACCACCAUUGUUGUCGCCUAUGUCAUGGUGGUGACAGAGCUAAGCUGGCAAGAGGUAUUGCAGGCGGUAACAGCAGUGCGGCCGAUUGCUAAUCCCAACCCCGGCUUCAAGCAGCAGCUGGAGGAAUUCGGCCGUGGCCCCGCACGAAAGAUUCACAGACACCUGGAGCAGAGAUAUGGAGCUGACACGUUCAAUGAUGAGAAGGAGAUAAGGCUCCUGCUUCCAGCAGACAGAGAAGGCACAUCCAGGACAGAUGGACCCAUGCAGGGACUGGUGCCAAGGAGCAGAGACAUCAAGAACACAGUCCCCUUUCUGCUACGAGUGAAGCAGAUGUUCUCCUGCAUCCCCACGUGUCUGAAGUGAGUCCGGCUGAGGCACAGAGAGGAGGGAAGUGAGGCAUUCUGGGAAAGUGCAUAGCCUAAUGUAUCAGACUGGCAAAUGCCAAGGCCUAGAAAGGGACAUCCCUGCUAUUGUAUGUCAUGGGAGAGGUAUGGUCCCAUGGAGCAAGCACAGGCAUGGGAGCCAGGAACUCCUGGGUUCCCAUCCAAGCUCUAUAGUCUUUCUGUGGCCUUGGGCAAGUCACCUAACAUCUGCCUCAGUUUCCCCAUCUAAAGUGUGGGGGGUUAAUUCUUAUGUUUCUAUUUCCCAGGCUGCUGUGAGGGUUGGUUAGUAAAUAUACAAAGGACAGUGGGAGGGUUAGAUGUGCUGACUGUCAUCAUAAGUGAACAGA